AUGUUCACCUUGGUCGGGGUUGGCCUUGGCGAUGCCUCCGACGUCACCGUGAAGGGUAUGAACGCCGUCAAGGAGGCGGAUGUCGUUUUUCUAGAAGCCUACACCUCUUUCCUCAUCAACAGCAAUGCAGAGAAGCUGGCCGGCAUCUACGGCAAGCCAGUUAUUCUUGCGGACAGAGAGAUGGUGGAGAGCGGGGCUGUCCUGGACGACGCGAAGGUCAAGAAGGUAGUUCUUCUUGUCGUCGGCGACGUUUUCGGCGCGACAACGCAUUCGGACCUGAUUGUGCGCUGCAACCGGCAGGGGAUCGAGAGCAAAAUCGUACACAAUGCCUCAAUCAUUAACGCUGUGGGUUGUUGUGGCCUGCAGCUCUACCGGUUUGGACAAGUGAUUUCUCUGUGCUUCUGGACAGAGACGUGGCGUCCAGACUCCUGGUACGAGCGCCUACAGAGCAACAGAGCUGCCGGCAUUCACACUCUGGUUCUCCUCGACAUCAAGGUAAAGGAGAUCUCUGACGAGAAUCUUGCGCGUGGGCGCAAGAUCUACGAGCCUCCGCGCUACAUGACGAUCAGGCAGGCCAUUGAGCAGAUCCUGGAGGUGGAGGGCUACAAGCAGGGUGGCGCUGUGGCCGCUGAUGGCUCGACUUUCGCGGUGGGUUUAGCGCGCGUCGGCUCCGAAUCGCAGCAAGUGGUAGCGGGGACGAUGAAGGACUUGCUCAGUGUCGACUUUGGCGCGCCGUUGCAUUCGCUCGUCAUCGCCGGUGACGUACACGAUUGUGAGCAGGAGCACGUCGAUCUGUUUCGGAUGGCAGGGCAGUGA